AUGGCAGACAGCGAAAACACAGACCUCCUCCAAGAAAGCGUAGAUGAGCCACCUCCUUUAAGGAUGGCUUCAGAUUCAAUCAAUUCAAUACCUAGUGCGAAAUUUUUGCACCCUAAAUCAGCACCAAUUCGACAAAACGCUGAAUCCACUCCAAGUAAAGCAUUUGGAGCACAUAUUUUUACAAUGCAUCAGGAUGAAGAUUUCCAUAAAAUCAAACAGAUCAAACAGAAAACCUACUUUCAAGAACUCACCAGACAAAUCCAGGACAAAAAGAACCCUCAAGAUGCCAAUUUUAAGCAGAUUCCGCAGGUUAGUCCAAAUAUCGUUCCAAACGUAUCAAUUUAUAACCCAUUUGUAGCGGACGUUCCAAUGACAAAAUAUCAAAAAAAAUAUGAAAUUGAAAAUUUCUCUACUAUAAACAGAAGCCAAUUACUUGAAGGGCCACUUCAGAGGGAUGAAUCAAGCUUAUUGAAGCUGAAAAAGGAGCAAAUGCAAAGAGAAAUGCAAAGAGCAUUAAGAGAACAAAUUGAUGAAAAAAAUAGGAGAAACCGAAGAGAUGAAGGACGGUUUCAAGAAGUGAACAAUGAGCAAGUAUUCCCAUACGAAUAAAUAAUAAUUUAUAUAAAAAAUCAAAGAAAAAAGCUAUUUUUCUAUUAAAAUGGUACAUCAACUCCUGUAAAAACAGAAGAAGGCUCGCCUCGAACACCUAGUUAUAGUCCAUUACAACCUGUAACCUCUAGCUUUGCAGAAGCAAGCAAGUCAGUCGUGGUUAGCGACGAAAACGAAACUAUUGAUUAUUUAAGCAGGCUUUGCAAACAGCUUAUGGAAGAACAGCAGAAAUUAAAAACGAAAAUUCAAGAUCAGGAAAAUUUCAUCAGCGAACUUAAACAAAACAAAAAUGAGCAGAAGUCCUUUGUAAGUGAAAGAAAGACUCCUAGCAAAUUGAAAAUCCCGUCGAAUUCUCCUAUAAGAGGGAAUGAUAACUCGAAGUUUAUUGAAGAUAUUAUCAAAGGAUCGAGGCAGAGAAGAAAUUUAAUGUAUAAAGAAGAUUUAUUGCCGAGAAGAACAAGUGAUCUUGGCUCGCCAAUUCUGCCUGAAGCAACUCCUAGGAAGUCAGACCCACUUGGAAGCUAUGCUUUGUCAUCUCCGGAUCUUCCACCCCUUUUUUCCCCACAAAAACUCAUGCAAAAUCCAUUUAAUUAUUAA